AUGCUCAUUCGCUCUUUCACGAGCUCUCUCACGCGCUCUUUCACGCGCUCUCUCACGCGCACGCUCAGGCACACUCUCACGCGCUCUCUCUCGCGCAAUCUCACGCGCAUUCACUCUCUCACGUGCUUUUCCACUCGCUUACUCACGCGCUCUCUCACCCACACUCUCACGCGCACUCUCACGCUCUCACACGCGCUCCCUCACGCGGUCUCUCAUGCACUCUCUCACGCGCACACUCACGUGCACCCUCACGCGCACUCUUAUGCGCUCUCUCACGCGCUCUCUCACGCGCACUCUCACGCGCUCUCUCACGCGCUCUCUCACGCGCACUCUCAGGCACACUCUCAAGCGCAUUCUCUCUCGCGCACUCUCACGCGCAUUCUCUCUCUCACGCGCUCUCUCACGCCCUCACUCACGCGCUCUCUCACGCACACUCUCACGCGCACUUCCACGCUCUAA